CGCAGAAUCACAGUGUAGCAGACAACUGCGUGAAGCGAGGGUGGUACAGAGCUGAAAAUGUUUCGCUCUAUCAUGUUUUCGCCCACUAUUAAUCAGGGCCUUGCAUCCCUGAUACGCAAUAACAUAGCCCUAUCAGGAUGCCCUGGAUCUCUAGUUUCUCAGGCCAAACAUAUGUCCUCAGAGUUAAAAGUGCCAGAUAAAGUUGAAAAGAAGCCUUACAGCCCUUUUCAAAAUACCAACAAUUUGGCAGAAUAUGCAGUAGCAAGGUUAGAUGAUCUUUUAAAUUGGGGUCGCAAAGGAUCUAUGUGGCCAAUGACAUUUGGUUUAGCCUGUUGUGCUGUUGAAAUGAUGCACAUUGCUGCUCCCAGAUAUGAUAUGGAUAGAUAUGGAGUUGUAUUUAGAGCUUCUCCAAGACAAUCUGAUGUUAUUAUAGUAGCUGGUACUCUAACAAAUAAAAUGGCUCCAGCCUUGAGAAGGGUAUAUGAUCAAAUGCCAGACCCUCGAUGGGUCAUAUCAAUGGGAAGCUGUGCCAAUGGUGGUGGUUACUACCAUUACAGUUACUCUGUUGUCAGAGGUUGUGAUAGGAUUUUGCCUGUGGACAUAUAUGUACCAGGGUGUCCCCCAACUGCAGAAGCUUUGAUGUAUGGCAUUCUUCAGCUGCAAAAGAAAGUCAAGCGAAUGCAAACUGUACAAGUAUGGUACAGGAAGUAAUGUAAACGUACCUGAUAAUUGUAGCAAUUUAUGUACAACUAUUAUUAUAAUACAAAAUAUAAUUAAAAAGAGAAGGAAGUUGUGUAUAAUUUUAAUG